ACUUUCUCCUGUUCUGAUUUUGCUCCACCUCUGGUUCAUGAACUAAAUUGUUCCUUCGUGCCUGUUUCACAUACUCUUGACUUUAAAGAGUGGCGAUUCACAACAUCUUGAACCAGUAGUAAUUUCUGUCAACUUUUUCACCCUCGGACGACCCAUCUUUCCAGAAGCUGAAGGAGAAAUACAGAAGUCUAGGAUGGAUCCCCUUCCAUAUUUCUCAAUAGAGACUUGGGCCCUUCUGUGUUUACUCAUUGGCCUUCUGAUGUUGUAUGGCAUCUGGCCUUACGGAGUCUUCAGGAAGUUGGGUAUUCCAGGCCCCAUGCCUCUCCCAUUCAUCGGUACCGCUUUCUGGUUUCGUUACGGAAGAAGCAAUUUUGAUACAGCCUGCUUUAAAAAAUAUGGUAAAAUUUGGGGGACUUAUGAUGGACGACAGCCGAUGCUGGCUAUAACGGACCCUGAGUUAAUUAAAAUUGUACUGGUAAAAGAAAGUUAUUCCACCUUCCUGAAUCGUGGGAAUUUUAUUCCGCGGGGCAAGCUAGAGACCUCCCUUGUGGGAGCCCAGGACGAGAAGUGGAAGAGGAUUCGGACAGUACUUUCGCCCACUUUCACCACUGGAAAGUUGAAAGAGAUGUUUCCCAUCAUUCAGAACUAUGCGAAAAAUCUGUUAGUGCUUUUGCAGAAGAAAGCUGAUCGAGACGAACUGGUGAAUGUUAAACAGACCUUCGGUGCCUACAGCAUGGAUGUGAUCACAAGCACCUCUUUCGGUGUCAACAUGGAUUCCAUAAACAAUCCCAAAGACCCCUUUGUUCAACAGGUGCAGAAACUGCUGACGGGUGACUUCCUCUCUCCAAUAUUCAUUUUAUUAUGUAGGUUGGUUCUACCUUCAGCUUUGGAACUCAUUCUUUGGACCUGCCCAGAGAUGAACAUCAGUGUGUUUUCCAACGAAUCCAUAGACUUCUUCGAGAGGUCCAUCACAAAACUGAAAGAGACGAGGGCCCAGGAGGGGGAGAAGAGAAGAGUGGAUUUCUUGCAACUGAUGAUAGAAUCUCAAGACUCGCUGACAAGCCACGAGAUGAAUGGCGUGAAUCACACCUAUAAAGGUUUGACCGAUGCUGAGAUUUUGGCUCAAGCAACUAUCUUCAUUUUAGCUGGCUAUGAGACGGUCAGCAGCGCCCUCAGUUACUUGACCUAUGAACUGGCCAUCCAUCCGGACAUACAGCAAAAACUUCAGGAGGAGAUUGACAAAGUUCUGCCCAACAAGGCUCCAAUGACCUAUGAGGCCCUCUUGCAAAUUGAUUAUCUGGAUAUGGUCCUUAGCGAAAGUCUCCGACUGCGUCCAGGCGCGGGACAACUUCAAAGAGUGUGUAAGAACACCAUCGAAUUAAAUGGAAUCACCAUUCCCAAAGGGAUGGGCAUUAUGAUUCCACCUGCCAUCUUGCACAACAAUCCGGAAAACUGGCCUGAACCUGAGAAAUUUAGGCCUGAAAGAUUCAGCAAAGAGGUCAAAGAACAGAUCAAUCCUUAUACUUACUUGCCUUUCGGAGCUGGUCCCCGGAAUUGCAUUGGGAUGAGAUUUGCUCUCCUUACCAUGAAGGCUGCCGUGGCCAGCCUGAUGCAACAUUUCACCUUCCAGCCCUGCAAAGAAACUCAGAUCCCACUGGUGAUCUCCCCAAAAGGGAUCUUCAGAAAACCGACAAAACCCAUCGUCUUGAAGAUCAUUCACAGAGCCUAAAUCAAGGAGAUGUAACUGCAUGAAGAUCUCUACUCCUGAAGAUGAAAUUUGCCACUUUCGCUUUUUCUUGAGUCGCCUAGUUUUGCAACUCAGGUUUUCCCUCCGCCACUCCACUGAAUCGUGUUCCAUAACUUCACCCCCAAAGUGACGUUAAUGAAACCCUUCCUUGGUUGGACCAGCCGAUGGGAGGAGGCCGGAACUCAUCAAAAUCCGAGUCCCGUCAGGCCAGGAGGGACCGCUGGCCUUGGAAAUCAUAAGGAUUUCAUAAGAAUAACAGAGGCUAUUAUUCUCAACGCCUUGCGUAAUAUUUGUUUGGAGUCCUGUGCAAGUAUUUUGUAACUGGUUGUGUGGAGAAACAAAAAAGAAUUUAAUUAAAAAAGUCAACAACGUUUUCCUGUAUCGUUCAAAUGUAAAAUCUGGAGAGGGCAGGCAACAGCUGCUCUCUAAGAAUCAGUUCUUAAUAAUAAAGAAACCCUAAUAAAGGGAAAAACAUUGGCUCCGAAACUGUUCUUGAGACACACCCACUUAUGCACGAGUUGUGGAAGUGUGAAUGCCAACAAAAACUCCAAAGCCAUUGACGUUGCAAAGUUUUGUGUUUCUUCUUUGUUUUUUUAAAUCUCUGGUGGUGUUUUUAGAAAGGUGACAGAAUAAUGGAGUAAAAACGAUGUUUGUGAACACCCAGAAA